UUGCUUCAUUCAUAUCUCUGCUUGGACUUGAUGUUCAGUUAAUGACGGCUACGUAAUGAGCAUCAUCUUCAAGAUAAACGGCCGGCAGUUCGAAGUGACAGGGAAGUAUGGACCAGAUGUUUCCCUAAACGAGUUCAUCAGGAAUGUGGCGGAGCUACGGGGAACCAAGGCCAUGUGCCACGAAGGUGGCUGCGGGAUCUGCAUCGUGGCUGUACGAGCGGCACUACCACCUACGAAUGAAGUCAGGACCUUUGCCGUAAACUCAUGCCUUGUUUCUGUCCUCUCGUGCCACGGUUGGGAAGUGACGACUGUGGAGGGGGUGGGGAACAGGACAGAAGGGUACCAUGACAUCCAGACCAGAUUGGCCAAGUUUGGUGGCACGCAGUGCGGAUUCUGCACGCCUGGAUGGAUUAUGAAUAUGUACAGCUUACAUGAAUCAAAACGCAAAGACAUGACAAUGGAAGAAAUCGAAAACUCUUUUGCUGGCAAUAUUUGUAGAUGCACCGGUUACCGACCUAUCGCCGAUGCAUUUAAAUCUUUCGCCAAAGACGCUGAUCAGAAGUUAUUAGACAAAAUUGUAGAUUUAGAAGACUUAGCUAUUUUGAAACCAUGCGGUGUCAACUGCAAAGAAUCUUGCAAGCAUAAAUGUAAAGAUGUAAAUGGAAUUAGUAAUGAAGAAUGGUGCAUAUUGUCUAAAGGAGAUGCUGAGACAAUCGUGGUAGAUUGUGGGACUCACAAAUGGUACAAAGUUUACAAAUUGGAAGAAAUAUUCAAAAUAAUGGAAAACGGGGAUUAUAAACUUAUUGCUGGCAACACAGGACAGGGAGUGUACCACGUGUCUAAGUACCCGAAGAAUGUCAUAGACAUAUUCAAUGUAAAAGAACUGAAAGAUUACUACGUUGAUGUUAAUCUUGUACUGGGCGCUGGGAUAACACUGUCAGACAUGAUGAAUUUGUUCAUAAAGUUUUCUACUGAUAGCCAAGACUUCUUAUAUUUGAAACAGCUUUAUGAUCACAUGGAUUUAGUUGCUCAUUUGCCGGUUCGAAAUAUUGGAACUAUCGGUGGAAAUUUACACUUGAAGUAUCAAAAUAAUGAGUUUCCAUCGGACUUGUUUCUGCUAUUUGAAACCGUUGGAGCUAUGAUUACUAUAGCGCAAGGAAAUGGAAAACAAACAACGGUAACUUUUCCUGAGUUUUUGACAAGCGAGAUGAAAGGGAAGAUAAUACUUUCCAUAAGUUUGCCGCCGCUCUCUCAGUACUGUGCUGUAAAAACAUUCAAGAUUAUGCCAAGAUCUCAAAACGCACACGCAGUCGUCAAUGCUGGUUUCCUAUUUCAAUGUGAACCUAAUUCAAGCAAAGUCAAAAGAGCCAGAAUAGUCUAUGGAAACAUUUCCAAAACUUUUAUACACGCUUCGAAAACUGAAGCAAUAUUAGUUGGGAAAGAUCUUUACGAAGAAGUAACUUUACAACUAGCUUUGAAGACGGUUUACGACGAAGUAGUUCCUGAAGACUUUCCACCGGAGCCUUCUUCUGAUUACAGACGUAUGUUAGCAGUGACCCUUUUUUAUAAAGCAAUACUAUUCUUAUGCCCAAAAGAUAAAGUAAAUCCAAAAUACAUAUCAGGGGGAGAAGCAAUGAAACGAUCUACGUCUCAUGGAACCCAAAUAUAUGACACUGAUAAAACCGUUUGGCCUGUUAAUCAACCAAUACCUAAAAUGGAAGGCUUAGUACAGUGUAGUGGAGAGGCCAUAUUUGCUAAUGACCUUCCAAGGCAAAAUAAUGAAGUUUUUGGUGCGUUCGUAAAAGCCAACGCUCCACCUGGAAGUAUCAUUGAAGGAUUUGACAUGUCAGAGGCGUCAAAAUUACCGGGAGUCAUCAAAUUAUAUUCGGCCAAAGACAUACCUGGAAUAAAUAACUUCACCCCUCCGAUCAUUCCACUUUUAGCUGGUGUAGAGGAAGUUUUAUGCACGAAUGAAGUUAAAUAUUUUGGUCAACCUGCUGCUAUCAUUGUUGCCGAAAGAGAAAAAACAGCAGUCAAAGCUGCUGAACUAGUCAAAGUAAAAUAUAAAUCAGCGACCAAUAGAAAACCUCUAAUAACUAUUAAAGAUGUUCUAAAAUCCAAUGACUCAGAGGCAAGAAUACAUAAAGAUAUUGUUAUUCAACCUGAAAAUAUCGGGAAAAAUGUAAAACAUGUUAUCAAAGGAGAAUUUACGUUAGGUUCCCAAUAUCAUUUUCAAAUGGAAACUCAAACUAGUGUUGUCAUUCCUAGUGAAGAUGGAAUGGACGUAUAUGCUGCUACACAAUGGCUGGAUUUAACUAAUGUGGCCAUUGCUAAAUGCCUUAACAUUUCAGUAAAUAAAGUAAAUGUAGUCGUUCGUCGAUUAGGUGGAGCUUAUGGUGCAAAGGUAACACGGGCUACGCACAUUGCCUGUGCUGCUGCAAUUGUUUCACAUCUUCAAGGGAAACCGUGCAGAUUUAUUUUACCUGUAGAAACUAAUAUGAAAUCCGUAGGAAAACGUGCAUCAUCAAAUUGUAAAUAUGAGAUAGGCGUUGAUGACGAUGGAAAAAUCCAAUAUUUGAAAAACGUGAUGUAUUCAGAUAGCGGUAUUUCAUUCAAUGAAAAUAUGACUUAUAUCUUAAUACAAUUCUUUAAAGCCGGUUAUGAUUCAAAAAGUUGGUACAUGGAGGGAAACAGUGUCAUAACUGAUACACCAUCAACAACAUAUUGUAGAGCCCCAUGUUCAACUGAAGGUGUAGCAAUGAUAGAAAAUAUGAUGGAACAAAUAGCUUUUACUGUUAAAAAAGAUUCAAAUGACGUUAGGUUAUUGAACAUUGAUGCAAAAGACAAAAUGAUUCCGGAUAUGAUUGAACAACUAAAAAAAUCUUCCAACUUUGAUGAAAGAACCGAAGAAAUUAAAACUUUUAAUGAUCAAAAUCGAUGGAGAAAGAGAGGACUGAAGCUGGUCCCACUAACGUAUGAACUAGAGUAUUUUGGACCUUUCUACUCGUUAGUUUCUAUUUUUCACGCUGAUGGUACUGUUGCUAUUACACACAGUGGUAUAGAAAUGGGUCAAGGCAUUAAUACUAAAGCAGCCCAAGUGUGUGCUUACGUUUUGGGAGUGCCUCUUGAAAAAGUCAGUGUUAAACCUAGUUCAAGCACUAUCACACCAAACGCUAUGGUAACCGGUGGUAGUAUUGGGAGUGACUGUAUAGCACUGUCUACAAUGAAAGCAUGUGAAUUAAUUGCAAAAGCACUAGAACCUAUCAAGAAAAAUAUGCCAAAUGCAUCAUGGGAAGAGGUAGUUCAAAAAGCAUACGAGUCGGGCAUUAAUUUACAGCAAUCUUAUUGUUUUAAUAAUGGUGGAGAGUUAAAAAAAUACGAUAUUUAUGCUGUAUGCGCUUUGGAAGUAGAAAUUGACAUUUUGACUGGAAACCAAGAUGUGAAAAGAGUCGAUUUACUCGAGGAUACUGGCAGGAGUUUGAAUCCAGAAAUUGAUGUUGGACAAAUAGAAGGUUCUUUCGCCAUGGGCUUGGGCUAUUGGACUUCAGAACAUCUUGUUUAUGACGAUUCUUCUGGAGAUCUGUUAACCGAUCGCACUUGGACAUACAAACCUCCUGGCAUUAAAGAUAUACCAGCGGACUUGAGGAUAUAUUUUCAGAGGAAUAGUAGAAAUGAUUUUGGAGUUCUUCAAUCUAAAGCUACUGGUGAACCAGCGUUUUGUCUAGCAACAGUGAUAAUACACGCCAUACGAGAAGCAGUUCGCUCUGCAAGGCUAGACGCAGGGUAUAAAGACGAAUGGUUUGAUAUGGAAAAUCCUUGCACGGUGGAAAAUAUCUUCAAAGCUGUUGGACACAAAUUAGACGAUUUUAGGUUAAAAUAAACUUCACUGGUUUUGUUACAACCACGAAUUGAUAACUUUAAGCGAUACCAAAAUUUCAGUUGUUUGCUUUGAGGUAUUUAGUGUUAAUUAGUUCUUUAU